UGGGAUCCUGAAGUCACCACCUUGAAGUGCAGGGGAGGUCUCCGCUGGAUCGACGUCCCUCUGCGCCAAUCGGAGGCGCCCGGCCUCGGCCCCGCCUCCCGGCGAGCCGCCCGCGCACGCGCCGUAGCCCGAAGAGGGCGGGGCGGCCGAGGAGCGCGCGCCAUGCAGGCCAGCGGGUACCGGGCUGCCGCCGCCCUCGGCCAGGCCCGCGCCCCCGUCCAAGUGUCUGUUAUCCUCCCGGUCCAUGACGCUGAACCAUGGCUGGACGAGUGCUUGGGGUCUGUUUUGCAGCAGGACUUCGAAGGCUCCAUGGAGCUUUCUGUUUUUAAUGAUGCCAGUAAGGACAAGUCUAUGACUAUCAUUGAAAAAUGGAAAGAGAAGCUGGAAGGUUCCGGCAUCCUCGUGGUCAUUGGAGGGCACGAUUCUCCUUCUCCCCGAGGAGUCGGAUAUUCUAAAAAUCAAGCAAUAGCACAGAGCUCAGGGUCUUACCUUUGCUUUUUGGAUUCGGACGACAUGAUGAUGCCUCAGAGGGUGAGGCUGCAACACGCAGCUGCUGUGCGACACCCAACAAGUAUUAUCGGUUGCCAAGUGAGGAGGGAGCCCCCCAACUCCACCGAGCGAUACACGCGGUGGAUCAACCAGCUGGCGCCCGACCAGCUGCUCACCCAGGUGUUUACCUCCAAUGGCCCCACCGUGAUCAUGCCCACCUGGUUCUGCUCCCGAGCCUGGUUCUCCCACGUGGGCCCAUUUGACGAGGGCGGGCGGGGUGUCCCCGAGGACUUGCUGUUCUUCCACGAGCACCUGAGGAAGGGCGGCGGGCUCGUCCGCGUGGACCAGAGCCUCCUCCUCUACCGCUACCACCCCGGCGCGGCCACACACUCCGUCCUCGAGACCACCAUCUGGACCCACCGCGUCCGCUUCCUGGAAGAGUGGGCCCUGCCCCACUGGGCAACCUUCACCAUCUGGAACGCGGGCCGGCAGGGCCGCCGGCUCUACCGCAGCCUGACGGCAGGGUCACGGUGCAAGGUGGUCGCCUUCUGCGACGUGGACGAGAACAAGAUCAAGAAGGGCUUCUACUGCUACGAGGACUCUCAGGAAAGGCCCAAGCCCCGGGUCCCGGUCCUGCACUUCCGAGCCGCACAGCCACCCUUUGUCAUCUGCGUGAAGCUGGUGAGUGUCAGGCUGGGGCCUGUGUGGCUGGGACAGCCCCAGGGUCAGGAGGUAUGUCGUGUCCCCCAGGAGGCUGCGGGCUCGGACGGGAGGUGAAGACCGCCGCUCUGGGGGGCCAGGAGAGUGAUCCGCGU